AACAGGAAAGAUACUUUUGAACGUCACAUACGAACAUGUAAUAGUUCAACAAAGUGUCGGCACUGCGGAAAAGAAUUCAAAUUGUCUUCUCAAUGUCGAUUUCAUAUGCAGAAUGAACACAAGGACAAAUUAUUUAAAUGUGAUAAAUGCAGAAGGGAGUAUUUAACCUUACAAUCAUUUAAACAACACAAUGGAAGAUGCAAGGAACAACAGGCUAAAAAAAACAGAUGAUUUGCCAUCAACAAGUCGUCCAGACAAUCAAAAUGAGGUCGGGAAAAUAUGAAUUCAUUUAUAGCGUAAUAAAAAACACAAAUGAAUACAUUAUCAAAUUCCAACGUUUCUUUAAAUAUUAAAAUAUUUAUGUUUCAAUAGCAGGUUUGAAAACAGAGAUGAUUUACCAUCAACAAGUCGUCCAGACCAUGCAAAUGAGGAUUUGAAUCGUGUAUUAACCUGCCGCACUUGUCAACAAACCUUUGACUGUAGAAGAACUCUUUAUCUUCAUCAAAUGAAUGAACACUUCCAAGUGGGGGCAGGGCAAUUACAACCCAGACCGUGGGGUAACGGGUCCCCGCCAUGGGAACAAGGGGGAAAUAUUGAUAAUCAAUUGAAACACGUGUAUGAAGCAAAUAGUUCUAUUAUUUUAAGAAGACACCAGGAGGGAAAUGUUUGUAGUGUUUAUAAUUUUCCUAUUGAUAAUCAAUUUUCGGUCUCUGAAAUCAUGCAAGCAGCAAAUGAGAUUUAUGAUCGUCAAAACAAAGCAUUUCGAUUAAAUUUAGAAUUCGGUUUUAUCUUGGUUAAUACCGAAACGGGUGAGUAUCGUUAUUUCAAACCUCAUCACAAUCAAGAAUUAUUUCAUAGACCUAUUUACGUGUCAAAGCGAACACAUUUACACCUUUUAUACUUACGCAUGAGACAAUUAAAUAUUACUGAUUACAUUUUACGACAACGACCUGACACGAAGUGGAAACCAUACUUGAUUACCAAUUUACGAAUCGUUAUAUAUCACUUAUAUUUCGUCUUGGGAAAAGGCGAAAACAUUUUACCAGAGCCCAUUCAAAAAUCUGCUAAUAUGUUUUCCUUAUCAAAAGACAGAAAAGGGCAGUUUUACAAAGAUAAUCUGUGUGCGUUCCGUUGUUUAGCUGUACACGAAGGUCACAAUACUUCGAGUUUAGAAUCUCGCACUAGAAUCCUAUUUGAAAAAUGGGUGAAAUAUAACCGAUCCCGUCAAACAGAAAUAAAUUCUGAUUGUAAAUCUUUUCCUGGAGUUACAUUAGAACAGAUUGUCUAUUUCGAAAAAUGUUUUGAAAUAAGUGUAAAUAUAUUUUCGUUAAACGAAGAUCAGUCGGUUCUGUCUGUCUAUCAAUCCAAAGGAAAUUUUUCAAAUACGUAUUUAAAUCUUUUCGAAAACCACUUGUCGUACAUCUCCAACUUCAAUGCAUAUGCAAGAAAAUUUCAAUGUAAAACUUGUCAGCGUCAUUUCAGUAAUACCAGAAAUUUUAAACGUCAUCAAAGGACGUGUACCAGAAAAACAAAUGGAAAUUUCCCGGAGGUUUUAUUCUAAUCCGCAAUCGGUCUUUGAUAAAUUAGAACAACUAGGAAUUUACGUGGAAGAGAAAGAUCGAUUAUAUGAGUGGUUUUUAGUAUAUGAUUUCGAAUCUAUGCUAGUACCUAUGAAAAUUAAAAAUACCGACAAUUUAGAAUACACUGAGCAUCACGUACCCAUAUCGGUAAGUAUCUGUUCUAAUGUAAACGAACACACCGAACCACACUGUAUCAUUGAACCGAACACCGACGAUCUCAUCAAGAAAAUGGUUACAUAUAUGUCAACCAUAGCCCAGAAAGCAGCCGAAUUAGCAAAAACGAAAUUUAGUGAUGUGUUCGAGGCACUCGAGGGUUCUUUUAUCGAUGACGGAAUAACCGACGAAAUGGCAGAGUACCUCGAACACGAUACAGAAAUAGAGAAAUUGAUAAAGGAAGAACAAAAAUAUGCUGAAAAACUAAAAGAGGAAUUCGAGAAAUAUUGUCAACAGUUAAUAUGCAUUGGUUUUAAUUCGGCUAGAUACGACAUUAAUUUAAUUAAGAGUUAUCUGGUCAAACAUCUCAUCCCGGAAACAGGAAAUGAAACUUUUACAGUUAAACGAAACAACAGUUACGCGUGUAUUAGCACCCCAUAAUUUAAAUUUUUAGAUGUUACACAGUAUCUGAGUCCCGGCAUCAAUUAUUCAGGGUUCUUGCGCGCUUUCGAUGUACAAGAAUGUAAAGGGUUUUUUCCUUACCAAUUUCUAGACUCUGUCGAAAAAUUAAAUUACCCCGAACUUCCACCUCACGAUGCAUUCCAUUCAACACUUAAAAAUGUUAAUAUCAGCGAAGAUGAUUACGCGUUUUGUCAAAGAGUGUGGAAGGAAAAAGAAAUGACAACCUUUCGAGAUUUUCUAGUGUGGUACAACAACCUUGACGUCGGGCCUUUCGUACAAGCUGUAAAUUAUUU